AUGAGCCAGGACGCAGGUGCCGACGUGUCUGGCGCGCCGCUCGGUGUGGACGAGGCCAAGGCGGCUGCGCUGAAGCAGGUCGAGUUCUACUUUGCAGAUGCGAACCUGCCGUUCGACAAGUUCCUCUUCACGCUCACACGCAAGGACCCCGAGGGCUGGGUCCCGAUCGACACGCUUGCCUCGUUCAAGCGCAUGAAGCCGCUGCGCGAGGUGCUCGACGUCGCCGGCAUCGCGGACGCGCUGCGCGCGUCGCCGUCGCUCCUCGAGGUCGAUGCGGAGGGCCAGCGUGUGCGCCGCAGGACGCCGCUCGUGCCCGUGCCCGACGCGCACACCCGCAGCAUCUACGCCAAGGGCUUCCCCGACGAGCACGAGGGUCUGCAGGCGGAGCUCGAGAAGUUCUUUGCGCAGUUUGGCAAGAUCAACGGCGUGCGUAUGCGCCGCGAGAACGAGCGCCCUCGUGCGUUCAAGCACAGCGUGUUUGUCGAGUUCGCGUCUGCGGACGAGAUGCAGGCCUUCCUCGAGCGCGCCAAGGCCGAGGAGCCCGAGCAGGACGGUGGCCAUGCGAUCAAGUACACCGACGGCACCAAGCUGCUCGUGAUGAGCAAGCCCGCGUACGUCUCGAUGAAGAUGAAGGAGAAGGGUAUUGACCCGAGCCAGAACCCCCCGCCGUCCAAGGGCGGCCGCAAGUUCAAUGCUUUCCGCGAGAUGGAGCGCGAGCGCCAGGGCGCUGGUGCUGCGCCGGCGAACACGCGCGCCGAGCCGCUCGAGUUUGAGUACAACGGCUCCAAGCUCACGACGCGCCCUGACGGCACCGUCGACGCCGAGCAAGUCGCCGUCCCCGCUCAGAGCGUGCUCCGCUUCACCGGCGCUGCGGCGACCGGCAGCUGGAAGGACCUGAAGGACACGCUCACGACGCUGCACCCCACGUCGUUCGUCGAGUUCCCCGCGGAAGCGACGGAGGGCGUCGUCGGCUUCCGCGACCCCGUCUCAGACGAGAAACUCGCACAGAUCCAGGAGCACGGCAUCACCGUCGGCGGCCAGCCCGUGCAGUGGGCGCGUGUCGGUGAGGAGGAGGCUCGUGCAUUCUACGUGGAACGCGCGAACUUCCGUGCUUCGUUCCUGCUGGACCGCCGCGAGGCCGAGCGGCACGCGCCGCGCCGNCGGGCGCGGACCGCCACCGAGCGAGAAGCGCAAGGCGAACGAGCCGCCGGCCGUGGAGGCCAAGCGCAGCAAGACGGAGGCAUAGCUACAUAG